GCUCUCCGUUACUGCCACGCCAUUGGAUGGGCUUGCCUGAAGGGGGUGGGGUAGUCUGGUGAGAUGUCUACAGGUGGGCAAAGGUGGGGCCUUGGCCCUCCUCGGCCUUAUAAAUAGGUGGCUUCAUCCUCCCGGCGUUGUCUCCGGAGAUUUCCAGCAUGAGCCUCGCCUAUCCCCGCGCGGGGAGCCUGAGCUUCAGCAGCCGCUCCCAGGGCUCCCUCUCCCUGCCCAACCGGAGCUCAUGGUCCCGGGCCAGCCCGGGGGGCUUCCAGCCGGGGCUCUUCCGAGGGGCGGGGGCCGGCGGCACUUCCCUCUCCGCCUCGCCCGCUUUCCUGAUCUCCUCCCUGCCCAGCCUGGAGAUCGACCCCAAGCUGCACCAGAUCCGCACGGAGGAGAAGGAACAGAUCAAGGGGCUCAACAACCAGUUCGCCUCCUUCAUCGACAAGGUGCGGAAACUUGAGCAGCAAAACAAAGUGCUGGAAACACAGCUGAGGCUUCUGAAAAACAAAGAUCAGUACAAAUCCAAUGUGGGACGCAUCAUGACAGCCCACAGCCAGCCCCUGAAGCAGCAAAUUGAUGCACUGAAUCAGGACAAGGUGAAGCUGCAAAAUGAACUGGACCAUACUCAGGCCCUUCUGGAGGAACUGAAGAGUAGGUAUGAAGAUGAAAUCAAUCGGCGUAAUCAGCUGGAAAAUGAAUUUGUGAUCACUAAGAAGGAUCUUGAUGACAUCUAUUUGCAGAAGGUGGAUGUAGAGUCUAAAGUAGAAGGGAUCUCCAAUGAAAUCAAAUACCUCAAGCAGCUCUUUGAAGAGGAGAUCCGUGAAUUACAAUCUCAGAUUCAAAAUGCAAUGGUCACUGUGGAGAUGGACAACAACCGGGAGUUGGAGAUGAAACACAUAAUUGAUGAGGUGAAAGAACAGUACAAGGCUAUGGCAGUCAAAGGCCGUGACGAGGCCGAGCAAUGGUACAAGAACAAGUUUGAUGACAUGGCAAGGCAGACCCAGAAGCACCACGAAGAGCUGAAAGGGACCAAGGGGCAAAUUGCUGAACUGACUCGCUAUGCCCAGCGUGUCAAUGGGGAAAUUGAGGCUUUGAAGAAUCAGAGAGCCAACCUGGAGAAUGCUGUGGCAGUGGCUGAAGAGCAAGGAGAGCAAGCUGUACAACAUGCCAAAGGCAAUAUCCAAGACCUGGAAGAGGCACUGAAGCGAGCCAAGCACGACAUGGCAGGGAAAGUGCGAGACUACCAAGAGCUGAUGAACAUCAAGUUGGCUCUUGAUAUUGAAAUUGCCACCUACAGGAAACUGCUGGAAGGAGAAGAGAAAAGACUGGGUACAAAGUGCAGGAAUAGCUUGUAUUCACCUAACUUUGUGUGAGGAUACGAUUUGGGGGCAAAGUAUUGACUUCACCUUUAAACUCAGACAAAAAUACACUACUGCAGCCUCUCCUGGUUUGUAUGUCUCCCUUAUUAAUAUAUUUUGUCAUUUCAACCACCAUCACCCUGAGGUUUUUUUCAUGCUAGGAGUGACUUGAGAAACUGCAAGUCACUUCUGGUGUGAGAGAAUUGACCAUCUGCAAGGACAUUGCCCAGGGGACGCCUGGAUGUUUUACCAUCCUGUGGAAGGCUUCUCUCAUGUCUCCACAUGGGAAGCUGGAGCUGACAGACAGGAGCUCACCCGGCUCCCUGGAUUCGAACCACUGACCUUUUGGUCAGCAGUCCUGCCGGCAAUUGCGCAAUUGAAAUAAUUUGUGGAUGAAGGACAAAAGUAGGAGUGAGACACUGGGGCAUUUUAAAAGCCGGUAAAAAUUAGAUGACAGAAGAUUAAUAGAGAUUGUCCAUGUCAAGUCAGGACAUCUGUAAGAUAUAUGACAAGCAUUUCCCAACUGAAGAAAUUAUUAGGUAGAGAGAAUCGGCCAGCUUGGACUGCUACUAAAAUAAAUCCAAAAUAGCAACUAAUCAUUUGCUAGGUAAUUGGCUGUAUUUUACUGGCUCUUUCACCAAAAUAACUUGUUUGGUCUUAACUGGGUUGUGGCACUUAUUGUUCUAUCUGAGACAGGGUACCAUCUGAGGCCAGGUCCAUUCCCAAGCUCUGAAGCAUUC